AGAGUACAAGUAUCUUGGCAGAUGAAUUAUUGGUAAGUGAUGAAAAUAGAGAGAAUUCAAGUGUCUUGAUGGAUGAAUUAUUGGCAGGUGACGAAAAUGAAGAGAGUUCAAGUAUCUUGGCAGGUGAUGAUAUUACUGAGAAUAACGAGAAUAUAGAGUAUUAUGAAAGAGAAUCUCUCAAUUAUUCCAAUCUUUGGAACUAA